GAAGAAGAAGUAGAUAAGGAAGAAGGAGAAGUAGACAAGGAAGAAGGAGAAGUAGACAAGGAAGAAGGAGAAGUAGACAGGGAAGAAGAAGAAGUAGACAGGGAAGAAGAAGAAGUAGACACGAAAGAAGGAAAAGUAGAAAAGGAAGCAGGAGAAAUAGAUAGGGAAACAGGAGAAAUAGAUAGGGAAACAGGAGAAAUAGAAAAGGAAGCAGGAGAAGUAGACAGGGAAGAAGGAGAAGUAGACAAGGAAGAAGAAGAAGUAGAAAAGGAAGCAGGAGAAGUAGAAAAGGAAGCAGUAGAAGAAGACAGGGAAGAAGGAGAAGUAGACAAGGAAGCAGGAGAAAUAGAUAGGGAAACAGGAGAAAUAGAAAAGGAAGCAGGAGAAGUAGAUAAGGAAGCAGCAGAAGUAGACAGGGAAGAAGGAGAAGUAGACAGGGGAGAAGGAAAAGUUGAUAGGGAAACAGGAGAAAUAGAAAAGGAAGAAAUAGAAGUAGACAGGGAAGAAGGAAAAGUUGAUAGAGAAACAGGAGAAAUAGAAAAGGAAGCAGGAGAAGUAGAAAAGGAAGUAGGAGAAGUUGAUAGAGAAACAGGAGAAAUAGAAAAGGAAGCAGGAGUAGAAAAGGAAGUAGGAGAAGUAGAAAAGGAAGCAGGAGAAAUAGAUAGGGAAACAGGAGAAAUAGAAAAAGAAAAAGUAGAUAGAAACCCAAGAGGAGUUGAUAAAGAAAAAACAGAAUUGGAAAAUUUAAAACUAAAUGCGCAAAUAAAAAAACGAAUACCUAUAGAAGAAGUAAUUAAGCAAAUUGGAGAAAAAUAUGAAUAUGUGGAGAAAUUGAAAGGAUAUAUUAAGGCUAAUGCAAAAAAAAAUGAAGCUUAUAUAAAUGAUAAAUACGAUUCUGAGAUUAGUAAUCCUACUACAUAUUUAAUUCCAGGAGUAGGAGGAAGUACUUUAAUUGCUCAAUAUAAAAAUGCACAAAUUAAUAGUUGUGGUAAGAAUACCUUAAAUUCAAAACCUUUUCGAAUAUGGCUAAGCUUAGGUAGAUUAUUUUCUAUAAUAUCAAAUAUAUAUUGUACAUUUGAUACUCUAAGAUUAUCAUAUGAUGAAGAAACAAAUUUGUAUUACAACCAAAAAGGAGUAAUAAUUAGGACAGAAAAAUAUGGUUCUCUUAAAGGAGUUGAUUAUUUAGAUUAUUUUAGCAAUACAGGUAUAAGAUUAACGAGAUAUUUUAAUUUUCUAUCUUCCCGAUUUAUCUCUAAUGGUUAUGUAGAUGGUGACAGUAUAGUCGGUGCACCAUAUGAUUGGAGAUAUCCUUUGUAUCAGCAAAAUUUUGAAGUUCUUAAAGCACACAUAGAAUAUAGCUAUGAAAUGAGAAAGACAAAAAUAAAUUUAAUUGGUCAUAGUCUUGGUGGUUUAUAUAUUAAUUAUUUUUUAACUAGAAAAGUAGAUAAAGAAUGGAAAGAAAAAUAUUUGAAUUGUGUAAUAUACAUGAAUUCACCAUUUAAAGGUUCCUUUAAAACAAUUAGAGCAUUGCUUCAUGGAAAUAGGGAUAUGAUAUCUUUUAGCCUUUCUAAGCUUGCUAAACUUUCAAUAUCAGAAGGUAUGAUGAAAGCUAUUGGAAAUAGCAUAGGCUCAUUAUUUGAUCUUAUCCCUUAUAGAGAAUAUUAUGAAUACGAUCAAAUUGUAGUUUUGAUGAAUUUAGAUAGUACACCAGUUGAUCAAGAGAAAAUACAGUUUUUAAUAAAAUCAUGCGGACUGUAUAACCAAGAAUGCUAUACAAAAAGAGAAGAUGUAAAAUUACAAGUAUUUACCUUAUCAAACUGGCACACGUUAUUAAAUGAUGAACUGAGAAUAAGAUAUGAAAAAUAUUCACCUUAUGUUGAUAAAAAAUUUUCCAUGGAUCAUGGUAUCCCUAUAUAUUGUGUAUAUAGUACUGAUAAAAAAAAAACUACAGAACAUGUAUUAUUUUUUCAAUCUCCCGAUUUAAAUAAGGAACCUUAUCUUUACUUUGGUGAAGGUGAUGGAACUGUACCUUUAGAAAGUUUAAAAGCAUGCAAUAAUUUUUUUAACGCAAAAGAAGCCAAACAUUUGCAAAAUGUUAACCAUUCAGGAAUUUUACAUAAUAGUGAUGCUGCUAAAUAUAUAUAUAGUAAAGCUCACGUAACCUAUGAGUAG